CGCCUUAAUGUUUGACUCCUUCAAAACUACAUAUUCCGACGGCCUCCGCCAAAGGGUCGAAAAUAGGUGACUAGUCCGGGUCAGGGUUUCAACAAGGAUCUUUGAAGUUUUCAUUUUCUUACCGGGAUUGUUUUGAGGCUGAGAUUUAAGUCCUUAAGUACCGUGCUGGGGCCUGGCUCGUUCUUCCUCGGCGGAGCCGGAGCCGUGCAGGCGGUCGCCUUCGUGACGGACCCGAGGCAGCUCGUGGUUCGGGCGGUCCCCGGACCAGCGAGCCAAGGCUGAAGGGUUCCGAGGGAGAGCAUGUUCGGCCGCCUCCCCGCUUGCGCGUCCCGAGUGCGGGCGGGCGCCUUGUUCGGAGCUCUCGGGGCCCGGACAUGCGGCUCCGGUGGGGCCGAGAGGCAGGGAUCGGCGCCCGACGACCCUAAGGCCGGCCGGGCGCGCGGGGCUCUGAGGGAGUGGACGCUGCAGGUGAGCCCGUUUGGGCGGCUGAGGGCGCGGCUCCCAUGCCACCUGGCCGUGAGGCCCCUGGAUCUCCUGGCGCACCCCGAUGGCGACCGCGUGCAGGUGGCGGUGUGCGGCGUGGGGCACGGGGCGCGCGGCCUGGACAGCCUGCAGGUCGAGUAUGAUGCAGCUCGGCAGGAGAUGGCCAUUCUGUCGGACGACAUCGACCCCCGGGCGUCGGUGGAGGUGAACGCACCCGUCAAGUUUGAUUUGAAUAUCGAGUCAUCAGGGUCUGGUUCUGUAAAAGUGCAGAAUAUUGAAUGUGAUAGCUGUAAAAUCAACACUGAGCAGGGGACCAGCAUCCUGCAGUCUGUGAAGAGUCAAAAGUUACAUGUUCAAACCAAAGGAGGCGAUGUGAUCUGUCUUGGAACAAUUUACGGAAAUAUAGAUAUUCAUGCAUCAGAUAGAAGUACUGUGACCAUAGAUAAACUUCAGGGAAGCUGUGUUAAUAUAACUACGGAGGAUGGUUUGCUUCAAGCCAAGUAUCUUUAUACAGACUCUUCAUUUCUAUCUUCUGCUGCUGGGGAUAUUGCAUUAGGAAAUGUUCAUGGAAAUAUCAUCUUACAAAGCAAGAUGGGUAACAUUACAGUGGAUUCGUCCUGUGGAUGUCUAAAAGCCUCCAGCCAUCGGGGUGCCAUAGAUGUGUACGUCAGCCAGCUGGGGGAAGUGGUGCUGACGUCACAGGAAGGUUCUAUUGCCGUCAAGGCCCCAUCUUCUCUACGAGCUUAUUUAAAAUUAUCGGGCAAAGAGGUAGUUGUGGACGAAGAAGCUCGUGUUCAGGAAAUGGCCACAGACUGUAAAGGUGAUGGUGUGACGGUCACAGGACUCAUGAACCGAGCACGCAAAGAUGAGAGGUGGAUAAAUGCUGUGGCCCCCAAAGGCACCGUAAGCUUUCAGCAUCAGAGCUGGUUUCAGUCCCUGAAGCUGCCGGACUGAGUGCUUCCAGUGUACUUGACUGUGGACGUGGACUAACAAGCAGAUGCCAGUGAGUACUGCUGAAUGGUCUCGGGGCUUCUGCAAAAUGUGUACUUAAUUCGCUAUUCAUUUUCUAUGGUUCUGUUCCAAAUUAUAGACGUUCCUAAGAUGUUUUAGGACCUCCAGUGACACCUGAAACCACAAACAGUAUCAACCCUGUACACUGUGGGGUUUUUUGUUUUGUUUUGUUUUUAAUACAAACACAUGUGACAACUGAGUGCCUUUUCUAUGUGACUAGGCAGUUAUUUACCUUGGCCAAAGCCGUUACCAUUUUAGUUCCUUUUUCUUCUUUACAAGUUCACAGUGUGUCCACCCUGACUGUAGGGUCUAGCAGCCUCAGCUGAUGAUUUUAUUUUUUUCUUACUUACUUGAGAACUUUUACCUCUUUCCUAAAGUGCUUUGUGACUUCUCUUUGUCAGACCCAAUUACACAUAUCACUGUGAUUGUGCUUUAGGGCCAUUAUUAAGAUAAGGCUUCUCGAACCCUGCUAUUAUACGCUACUACGACAGUUGGAUGGCCUAGGUAGCCACUGAGUGACUAGCAGACCACGCUGCACGCACAGCAUGCACCCGCUGGCAGAGCAAUGCCUCACGGCCCGAAUGCAACAGCAGAGUUCCUCACACUUCACAAGACACAGCACAAAACUUACUGAAGAAAUAAAAUGUGAAACCUUGGAUGGGGGCCAGAACAGUUCUACCACAGAUUUAAUAACUUCAGAUAAUAUUCACUCAGCAGAUUUUAUUUCCUAAUGCUGGGGGUUUAGCUCAGUGUAUCACAUGACUGGAAUAAAAGUGUUGUCCAGGCUGAGGAUAUCACCUGGGAACUGUGGGGAGAAAUCUUCCAAGUUCAUUCACGUUAUAGGAAAAAUCAACUUCCUUAUACCUUAUAUGAUUUGUUGUUGACUUCAGCUAAUAAUCACCCUCGUCUUCUAAAAACAGCCGCAGGCUCAUCUCCCUCCUUGGGCAGCCCCUCUUCAGGCUAAACACAGAGGCCUUCUCUCAAGUCUGGCUUUCUUGUAAGCUGGAAAAAUCUCUGCUUGGUUGGUCAAGAUAUUUAACAUGAUUGUGAGAAUAUCCCACAUGUAUUCACAGCGCCCAUUCCAGAUGGUUAUGAAAAGGUGGCAGUCACUGGAGUCACCUCAGAAUUCUUGGCUUUGGAACUCCCAUGAGACAGAUGUCCUCUCAGUCUGUCCCUCCUGUGACAUCACUGCCUUCAACUUGUGGGAAAAAAAAAAAAAACAAAACAAAA